GUUCGUUUUUGUCCCAUGCUUCAAAUAGUUUAAAGGUUGCGAUCAAUUCUGGUCGUCGUCCAAUGUGCUACGAAUAUUCUUCUCGACGCUAUAGUAAACAGCAGGCAUAGUAGGGGGUAGUAAACUGUCGUGUUAAGACAGUAAAUUAGUCAGUCAAGAUAGUCGUUCACGAACGAUAAGCAUCCGAUUAUCUAUUUUUUUAGGAUCUAAAGUUGCAUGUCAUUCACUUUGAGUAUCUAACAUUGUCAUCGUGUUUACGAAAUUAUCUUCGUAAUUUGAAGAAAUCGUGAUGCAAUGCGUAAUCUGAAUAAAUGAUAAGCAUUUCCAUGAAUGGAUAUUAAAUGACUACGUAAAUUUCUCUAAUCGAGUGUAAUUACCUACGAUGCACCAUUUAUACAAUUUUUUUUCAUCGAAUGACGCAUGUCAUUUUACCCUUCCUAAUUGAAUGUGAAACUGUGAUAGUGAUUUAAGUGAAAUUCUUGAAAUAUUUAAUGGUCGUACGGCGGACUAGAGUAAAAACGAUUGAGAAAGAACGCUUCCUAAGUUUCUAAGCCCGGAAUAGCAGAUCAUCGUAAUUACGACACCGGUUCAAUUCGUUACAUAACGUCAGGCUCGUACGAACAGUGCCACUAGUUUUCUCUAUCGCUCUACCUUUCCUAUCUUAUCAUUUUCUAAUCGUUUACAAUUACUUUGUAAACGUUCAGAUUCGUAGUAAUUACGAACACUGAAAGAGGCACGUCUUAUGCGACAAUGUGACAAGCAAACAAGGGGUGUCAAUAAAUGAGUAAUUAUUAGAAACACUAUCAAACUCGCUAUUUAUAUCUCUCUUAAAUAGACAGAGAUUAUUUUACAAAAUAUCGAAGAGGCAACUGUGAAGUCGUCAUUGGUACGUAUUGGGAUUCCCUCGAAAAGAACCAACAAUGUUGGUUGCGUUACGCUUGUUAUGGACCCAGUGACGAAUCAGCUAAAGUAGAGGGGAGAUAGCGUUGCCUCACGAAGCCGUGGCUCGUCAGAAUCACUGUCAGAGCCAGUGUCUUAGACGCUGAUAGACCCGCAACCAUGUCGAUACCACGAACGAUCCUUUUCUUAUUAUUCGUGUUUCUCGCAACAUGUGCCGAAACGAAGAAUUCGGUGCCGCAGAAGAAGCUGAAGAUCUUGGGAUUCUUUGGCCACCUCGGCAAGAGUCAUUUCGACGUGUUCAAGCCGCUAUUGGAAGAAUUAGCCCGUCGUGGUCACGAAUUGACGGUGGUCUCCCAUUUCCCGAGAACAGAGAUGGCCAUCGCGGCUGAACCAUUGCCCAAUUACAAGGACAUCGAUUUAAGAGACAAAAGAUACGGUGUAUUCAUAAACGUGGUCGAUCUGAAAAUGAUCUCAGAUUCUCCUUUAAGAAUAUUCAUGGAGUUGUACGCCUUGCACAACAUGUCGUCUGUAGCCUGCGAAAUCGGCUUGAAACAUCCUCUAGUUAAGCAGUUAGCGACUUCCGGCGCGAAGUUCGACCUGGUGUUCACGGAGAGCUUCAAUACGAAUUGUUUCAUGGUGGUCGUUCACAAGUUUAACGCCCCUGUCAUAGAAAUAUCCACUCAUCAGCUGAUGCCAUGGGCGAACGAUCAUAUGGGAAUUUCUAACGAGGCUAGUUAUAUCCCUACUAUGUUCACCCGUUUGCCAAGGCCGAUGAGUUUUACGGACAGAGUAUGGAACGCUAUAAUCGCAUGGUUUCUAACCACCUUUUAUAACACCGUCUAUCAUUGGAAGGAUCAAACGAUUGCCGAGCAAGUAUAUGGACCGGGCAUCCCUAAUUUAAAGGACCUUAGCAGAAAUGCAACCAUGAUGUUCGCGAACACUCAUUACACUCUUCAUGGGUCUGUGCCCUUGCCUCCUAAUGUCGUUGAAGUUGGAGGGCUGCACAUACCGCAGAAAACGAAUCCUCUGCCGAAGGACAUCGCCAAAUUCCUCGACGAAGCUCACGAGGGUGUUUUGUACUUCAAUCUCGGUUCCAUGGUGAAAACCUCCAGUAUGCCGAAGGAUAAAAUGGACGCCCUGCUGAAAGUGUUCGCUUCUAUUCCUAGGAAAAUCAUCUGGAAGUGGGAGACUGACGAGCUAUCGCAACUACCUCCGAAUUUUUUGGUAAAGAAGUGGCUACCCCAAUACGACAUACUGGCUCACCCUAACGUCAAGUGCUAUUUCGGCCACGGUGGUCUUCUGGGUUUGUCGGAGGGUGUAUACAGGGGAGUGCCCAUGAUUCUGAUGCCCUUUUACGGGGAUCAGUAUCAGAACUCGAUAGCAGCCCAAGCCAGAGGGGCUGCGAUAGUUUUGAAAUUCACCGAAUUAAACGAACAGACACUGAGACACGCUGUGGACGAAGUUUUCAACAAUACCAGAUACCUGGAGAACGCUCGUCAGCUUUCAAAAGCUUACAGAGAUCGGCCUGCGACACCGGUGGAGACGGCUGUUUGGUGGACGGAGUACGUAGGUCGAGGGAAUGGCGUGCCGUAUCUAAAGAGCGAGGGGUCAAAGAUGUCCUGGUGCAAACGUAAUCUCGUCGACGUUGCCGCCUUUCUGAUAGCCGUAGCAUUGAUCGUUCUUUACAUUCUCUAUCGCGCGAUCAAGUGUCUCAUCUUCUCAGGCAGGAAGUCAAAGAGCCAUAAGAAAAGAGAUUGAAACCAGUGCCAUUAAUAAUACGUACUUCUUCUUUUUAAAGAGAACAUUGUACAUACGCGAAUUUGUGAUUCUCUUAAUUUUAACUCGUAUGCUCUCGAAACAAAAGUGUGUACGCUUCAAAGGAAAGACCAAAGAGAAGAUGGAAAGGAGAAAAAGGAUAAAAGAAACAGAAAGAUGAGGGAAAAAAGGGGAGGUUGGGAAGCAGCUUUGCGGGGCAUUACUCGGUAUUUCCCAGGUGGCCGAGUCACCGACUUUGCCUCGUGCCAACGACGAAGGGAACAACGGUGAAGACGAAGAGGCGAAGGUUUUACUGCGACCAGGAGGUUGCAUCGGUUCUCUUCUGGCUGUGCUCACAGCUGGAGGCAACUGGAACCGGUGGUGUGCUCGAAUGCACUUCAACACCGUGCACACACAUCCACCUAGACGUUGACAACAAAGAUGUAUCGCGUCUAGCGUUGCCAGAUUAAAUGAGACCGGAUGUUCCCUGCUAGCUUCUGUUCGCUCGCGUUCAGUUUUCACCCUCUCACGCUCCGACUUCGGCCUCUUUCAACUUCCUCUUGGAUCCUCGCUGGAGCGACUCGUAAAGAUAUACGCGGAACGAUAAACGCGACGGAGAAAUUCCGUUCGAACGAUGCGUCGAUGGUUCUCGCAUCGCGCGAUAACGCGUCUAGCUGGCGAUUCUCGUUUUUCGCGAUAUCGUUAUGGCAAUAUCGCUCGGUUCCUUUCGGAACGACCUCAUCUCAUGGUUUUCUUUUCGCUACUUUCUCCAGCGAUGAAUUUUCACGAUGAUCGUCCAGCGGGAAGGUAAUUUAACCAUAGUGCUCGUUUGAAGUUUCAAUGUUUGAUUAGUUUAAUUAAUUACUUGGUAUUGGAAGAAAUUCAAUUUUUUUGUAAAAAGUGCACCAGUAUAAAUAUUAAUUUUUGUGAUAAUCUUUUUGUUUUAUUUUUACAAAUUAUUACCUAACGAGGGUAUUUUUCUCCUGACUAUAUUGAAAGAAACAGAGCUCGUUGUCUCAGGCUAUUAUUCGCAACGAUUACGUUUGACAGAAGAAUAAUUCGUAAUAAUAUUUUCUUUCACAAUAGAAGUUUCGAAGGACUGUGUUUUCGAGACGUUUUAAUGGAUUUUCGUACCGAAGCAGAGGGAGGGAAAAAGUGGAGACGUUACAGAGAGAGACACACACAGGAUAACGAUAUUUCUCGGUUACUUUGGCUGUAUUUUUACAAAAAAUAUCCCUCGUCUUCCUGAGGAUCGCUUAAAGACGCAAUUUAAUCGGGAACUUUACAUUCCAUUACGCGGAAGAAAAAGCGCCGGAAGUACUAUGUUCCUCUUUGGUCUGUGCGCUUCUCUCCUCGUUCUUUUUUUUUUUUUUUUAAAGCUUCCUGUCCGUUCAGAAACAGAGAGGAAAGUUUUCUCUUUGAAACGAUCCUGUCCCGAACUUUCAUCGCAAUAGACACACUCUCGUCGUCGAUAAAUACUAUCGUUCUCCGACUGGUACCAAAUUAACCCUUGGAAUGCUUUGUGACUGAUACAGUGAUACUUCGACCAAAUAAUAGUAUCAAUAAUUUUGUGAAGUUUCUAAAAUUCCGAAGGAAAUCUAACACGAGAUUGAAAUCGUAACAAGUAUAUUUUAUAAAGCACCGGAUUUUCGCCUGCUUCGUUUGUAAUUGGAGUAACGCACCUCGCACAGACACCCUUGACUCUUGAAUUCGCGAGCUCUAGUUCAGAUGAUGCAGUUGAAACACGCUGCUACGGUAAGGUCGAUCGAAUCGCGUUGCAAUACGAUUCAAGCAGAGUCGACGGCUCGGAAGCGUACGAGGGAUGAAUGGAAUUCGACGAAGAGGGUGCGUCGUUCCGAGUAACGCGCCCUCGAAGGGAUGAAAAGAGGGCUUGCAGGGAGUUUACACCGCGUCAUUUCGCGCUCGCUUUAACUUCGUUGAUUGAAUCAUGAACUCGAGCUACGCCCCUUUUCCUUACAUUCAACCCCUUCCCAAAGGGGUUGCCGCUGCUCAUCGACCACGGGACCAGGUCAAAUGGAAUAGGAUUCGGUUGUCUGUUGCUCGUGAAUCCUGAUAGGUCGCAUAAUUCAUGCUCGUUCACGCACCAACCCCUGUAUCUGUCGAAAUGGCAAGGAAAAAAUUUGGUCGCGAUACUCCUGAAUUCUCGCUAGGGUAGGUUUUAACUUGGAACCCUGUUUUUUCCUUUAGAAAUUUAAUAAUCGCUGUUUUCCACGAAUAAACGUCUGAAUUUUCGGUUGGAGUGGAUGAAAUCCGUGAAAGAGAGCUGUUCUCGUUGCGAUGCGCAUUUUUCUGCUUUCGUCCCCUGGGUUGGACCAUUUUUUACGAAAAAUUCUCGUAUUUUUCGUAAUUCGGCGACUCUCUUCAGAAACGGACCGUCCGAAUGAACAACUGCGAUUCGCGUUUCGUGAUUCUCGUGAACUCAAGUGUAUACAGGGUGCACCAGAAUGGAAAUUGAGGUACCAGAAUAAAAAGUUUAAAUCUAAAAA